CGCGCCAGGCCGCGGAUGCGGCCGCCACUGAUCCUCUAAACGCGGUCUCCCGGCACUCUCCCCGGCCGGGGGAUGCAGAAUGGUUUACAGAGGGACCGCGAGCCGCUGAUUGGUCGCAGGUCGCGGUGACGUCGGCGGGCGCUGCAUUAAGGCGAGGGGGCUUCCAGAGCUCAGCCAACAGCCAGGAGCAGUGACCGAGCCGCUGGAGCUGGGGAGAGACGUGCCGGGGCGGCGGACUGGGCCAGGAGACCAGGGACAGAGGGACCCUUGUCCGCGAACAGCCAGCAACGAACUGCGUCCCGUGCGGCGACAGCGGCGGCUCGUGCCGAGCUGUUCCAGCCGCGCAGAACUGUAGCUGCUGCACCAGGACGUUUUUUUAAAGCCCUCCAAGCUACUCCCCUCCCCCCUACUCCUCCCGCUGCAAAGGAAAAAAAAAAAGGAAGAAAGAGGCUAGAAAGGAACCCCAGAUUUGCCACCACAACGAAGAGAGGAGAAAGGAAAGGAAAAAGUCGAGCGACUGUGGGGUUGGACGCAGGCAGCCGGACAGUGGGCCGAGAGAUGCGCGGCCGCGCUCCCGGGCGUCCGCGAGUUGUGACUGGAGCCAAGAUGCACGGCCAGGCGCGGUGAGGAGCCAGACUAUCACCUCUCCGAAGGAGUCCAGGCGCUGGGAGUGCCCUUCCGAGAACACGGAGGCCACCGGGCAGGCCGCGGGCCGAGGUGACCGGGCUGGGGCGGUGGGGAGUGAGCAAGCGCACCUGGCUGCGACCGCCCCGAGUUGUCCCUCUCCGUUCUCGAUUGACACAAACACUUCUCCAAAAGGGGGGAAACCUAAGCAUCAACAAUCAACAACGAGAUCUCGCUCUUGCCCUCCCCUCCCUCCUCACUCCUUGGCCUGCCCCCGCCCCCUCCCCCAGGCCCGACGCGGGCGCCUGGCGCGUCCCGGCCCGCUGCGCGAUGCUGGCAGUUUAGGAUCCAAAGCUUCUCCACUCGUUUUGUUAUUUUCUUUUAUAAAAAGAGGAGGGGAAACCCCGGUGGCGGUCAGGCCGGCACACACACCCCCGCCCUCAAACCCCGACAAAAGCAGAUGCACUUUGACUUCUGACAGCUCUACCUCAAGCCCGAGAGAACUCAGCGACGCUGUCCCUGCAACCCGAGCUCUUCGCGUCGUCCUCUUCCUUCUUCUCCGUUUAAUUUAUUUCCGUUCCCGUCGCUGUUCUCGGUGACCUUCGCGGGUUCAGGGCAUAAGAGUUGCUUUCUCUCCCGCCUGAGACUCUUCUCCUUGUCCCUGGAGCUGCGGCGGCGCUGCUGUGCCCCUGGGCCCUGGGACUCCCGGGCUGCACACUCCACCAAGGCGCCCCUCUCCCCCUGUCAGCCUACUCGUUUCCCCCUUCUCUAAUUUCCUGGUGUGGGUUUUGGCUUGCACCGCCGAGUGUGUCUCCUCUUUUUGGAGGGGCUGGAGAACUCGUUUCAGGCGUCUUCGAGAAUCUUCCUCUCGGCUCUACCUGCUCUUUUCUCUCCGGGCCUCAUCAGACCAAACCAAAGACCAUGGUGCACUGUGCCGGCUGCAAAAGGCCCAUCCUGGACCGCUUCCUCUUGAACGUGCUGGACAGGGCCUGGCACGUCAAGUGCGUCCAGUGCUGUGAAUGUAAAUGCAACCUGACCGAGAAGUGCUUCUCCAGAGAAGGCAAGCUCUACUGCAAGAACGACUUCUUCCGGUGUUUCGGUACCAAAUGCGCAGGAUGUGCACAGGGCAUCUCCCCUAGCGACCUGGUGCGGAGAGCGCGGAGCAAAGUGUUUCACCUGAACUGCUUCACCUGCAUGAUGUGUAACAAGCAGCUCUCCACCGGCGAGGAGCUCUACAUCAUCGACGAGAACAAGUUCGUCUGCAAAGACGAUUACCUAAGCAACAGCAGUGUCGCCAAAGAGAACAGCCUCCACUCGGCCACCACAGGCAGUGACCCCAGUUUGUCUCCGGACUCCCAAGACCCGUCGCAGGACGAUGCCAAGGACUCAGAGAGCGCCAAUGUAUCGGACAAGGAAGGGGGCAGCAACGAGAAUGAUGACCAGAACCUAGGCGCCAAGCGGCGGGGACCUCGCACCACCAUCAAAGCCAAGCAGCUGGAGACGCUGAAGGCUGCCUUCGCUGCAACGCCCAAGCCCACGCGCCAUAUCCGCGAGCAGCUGGCUCAGGAGACUGGCCUCAACAUGCGCGUCAUCCAGGUCUGGUUCCAGAACCGCCGCUCCAAGGAACGGAGGAUGAAGCAGCUGAGCGCGCUGGGCGCCCGGCGCCACGCCUUCUUCCGCAGUCCGCGCAGGAUGAGGCCACUGGUGGACCGCCUUGAGCCCGGCGAGCUCAUCCCCAACGGGCCCUUCUCCUUCUACGGAGAUUACCAGAGCGAGUACUACGGGCCCGGGGGCAACUACGACUUCUUCCCGCAAGGUCCCCCCUCCUCGCAGGCUCAGACGCCUGUGGACCUGCCCUUCGUGCCGUCGUCUGGGCCGUCGGGGACGCCCCUGGGCGGCCUGGAGCACCCGCUUCCCGGCCACCACCCUUCGAGCGAGGCGCAGCGGUUCACUGACAUUCUCGCUCAUCCCCCCGGGGACUCGCCCAGUCCCGAGCCUAGCCUGCCCGGGCCUCUGCACUCCAUGUCGGCUGAGGUUUUCGGACCCAGCCCGCCCUUCUCGUCGCUGUCGGUCAACGGCGGGGCGAGCUACGGGAAUCACCUGUCCCACCCCCCCGAAAUGAACGAGGCGGCCGUGUGGUAGCGGGGUCUCGCUCGGGCCGCAGAGUUCGUGGUUGUACAGAAACGAACCUUUAUUUAAGAAAAAUAGGAAAAAGAAAAAAAUAUAAAAAGCAAGUCACUCCUCCCCACUUCCUUGGGCCUCGGGGACCAUUUUUCGUCUGGGGAGCCCGGAUGGGAAAGGGGAACACAAAUAGGAUCCAAAUCCGCCUGGAGGUAGGACGGGGAACCUCGCGCCGGCUGGCAAGGUGCAGAACUGGGGCUCCCGAGGGGAAAUGCAGACUCUGCCCACCUCCCAUCUGGACCCAGAUCCGUGGACAGACUCCCGCAGCGCGCGCCGGGCCGAAGGGCGGCACGGAAACGCCCACAGCGG